CCGAGACCUAAUUAUGUCUCCCCCAACAAAAUUGAAAGAGACGAGAAAUUGAAUUGUAAGAAAAGAAACAAAAAAAAGAAAACGAGUGAACAAAGCAUUAGAGUUACAGCAGGCAGCGGCAGAAUAUUAAAAAGACCAUUAUGCCCCUCUGCUUCCUGUGAGCUCAACAAUCGACUGACUGAACACAACUGCCUUGUUCACUAAGUAUUGGAAAUGGUUUUUCUCGCUUUCUCCAUCAAAUUUCCAAGCUUUUAAUGGAGAAUACAUAUAUAUGUGUGUGUAGAGAGAGACAGAGAGAGAGUAGGAAGUGAGUUUGGGGAAAAAGAAAAUGGGAAUUUUGCACGAGGACAUGGUCCUCGUUAAACAAGAAAAAGAAGGCGAUCCCACUGUGAUUACUGUUAAUUGCCCAGAUAAAACUGGUUUGGGGUGUGAUUUAUGUAGAAUUGUUUUGAUCUUUGGGCUGAGUAUUUGCAGAGCAGAUUUUUCAACGGAUGGGAAAUGGUGCUACAUGGUGUUCUGGGUGGUGGAAAAGCCCAACACAAACUGGAAUUUGUUGAAGAACAGGUUUCUAGAAGUGUGUCCUUCUUACUUUUCCACGUCUGAAAUGGAUUAUUACCGGCCUCAAAACCAGCAGCCAAGCCCACCAGAUGUGUUUCUCUUGAAAUUUUGGUGUACAUAUGAUCGAGAAGGCCUAUUACAUGAUGUCACUGAGGUUCUCUGCGAGCUAGAGCUAACAAUUAAGAGAGUGAAGGUAUCCACUGCCCCAAAUGGCAAAGUGAUGGACCUCUUUUUCGUUACAGACACAAGAGAACUUCUUCAUACAAAAAAUAGAAAAGAUGAAACAGUUCAUCAUCUGAAAGCCGCACUAGGGGAUGCCUUGAUCAGUUGCGAAAUUGAUGUGGCUGGUCCAGAACUUACAGCUUGUUCACAAGGUUCUCCAAAUCUUCCUUCUGAAAUCAGUGAAGAAAUGUUCAGUUUAGAGCUUCCAGGCAAAAACUUUUAUGGAUGUCCUGCCUCUAAUUCGAUUUCAGUAACAAUGGACAAUAAGUUCAGCCCUUCUCACACACUUGUUCAAAUCCUCUGUCAGGAUCAUAAAGGUCUCAUAUAUGAUAUGAUGAGAACCCUAAAGGAUUACAACAUUCAGAUUUCAUAUAGCCGCUUCUUUGCAAAUCCAAAAGGGAACUGUGAGAUGGACUUGUUCAUAAUGCAAGCAGAUGGCAAGAAGAUUGUUGAUCCCACUAAACAAGACUCAUUACGCUCUCGCUUAAAAAUGGAGCUUCUGCGUCCACUUAGAGUAGCUGUAGUGAGUCGUGGCCCUGAUACCGAACUUGUGGUAGCUAAUCCAGUGGAGUUGUCUGGCAGGGGCCGUCCUCUUGUAUUUCAUGAUAUUACUCUUGCUUUCAAACUUCUCAACAUGCGAAUUUUCUCAGUAAUAUUUCAAACCAAUGAUUACUUUUUCUGUUUUUCCCUAAUAAUUAUAACACUAUAUUCCUCCCACCUAUACUUUUCCUUGGCAUUCAAUUUUCUGUGCUAUUCUCAGGUUGAGAUUGCUAGACACAUGAUCCGUGGCCGAGAGUGGGAAGUGUACAGAAUUCUCCUCGAUGAAGGGUCUGGAUUAUCUCUGCCAAGGAACAAGAUUGAAGCCAAUGUAAGAAACAUUUUGAUGGGUUGGGACAAUAGAAGAUAAGUUUGUUUCUCUUCCACUAGAGUCUAGUGUACAGUUCAAUCUCCUACUUCUUACCCUUGUUGAAUCUUAUAUAGGACGACUUCUAGAAACUAACCAACGAUUUAGGUAGUAUCCAUGAAACUGCAUUUGUAUAAGUGUAAAAGGUCUUUCUAGUAACUAAUUAUACAAAAUUUGCUAAUUAUAUUACUUUAUAGUUUAGUUCUUCCUUAUUCAAAUCUUUCACCCAGAAUUGCUCCCAUCUUUUCUCUCUUUACAUUUUGUGACAUUGUGUGUGAAUUUUGUUGUAAUGAUUGUAUAUUUAUAAAAAAAAUUGCUUACUAUACCAAA